AUGAUUGCCUUUUCUGGCAGCACACAUGUAAACUAUUCACGUUGCGGCAGGAAUCUUGACACGAUUGGUGUCAUUGGUUGCUUAAUGAAGGUGACAUUACCUAUCGUUCACUAUCCACAGCCAGUUCACGUCUGUGUCACCAACAGCAGCAUAAGGAUGAGGACACUCUGCCUCCUACUUCUAGUCGCUUGCGUGAACGCCAGUUUGCUUAACUGGGAAAAAGUGAGAAAGCUCAAAAAGACACUUUCUAAACUGGAGGCGCACCUAGAUGUGGAUCGUUUAAUGGCAAUUCGUAAUAGGCUUGCAAGUCAUCUUAAGGUGCCAAAGCUUAACCCUCAACAGCAAACUCUAUUGGAUCAGAAACUCAAGUCGAUAAGACCGGCUAAGUUGGCCAAAAGUGACACGAUUACAGAAGUAAACGAGGAAAGUGGAUUGUCGGAGAUUCUUUAUCAAGGAGAUAUAGUUUUGACUGAAGAGCAAGCUGAAGAGUUGAUACAAGAACAGAGUGAAGAGCGAGAACGAAGACAAGCAUAUGUUCCGAAAAGCUAUAAAUGGCCUAAUAAUCGCUUAUACUUCUCCUUUUAUCCUAACACAAGUGCUGCAACAAAGGCUAUUGCUCGAAAAGGUGCAAAAUUUUGGCACGACAACACAUGUAUUGACAUGAUUGAAAAAAGCAGCGCUAAUGCACGAGUAGCAAUCUAUGAAGGCACGGGAUGCAGCUCUAACCUCGGACACCUGAAUCGAUUGCAAAAUCUUUCUCUAAACAAUCCCGGAUGUACAAUGUACUGGAAAGCUUCGCACGAGCUUGCUCACGCAUUGGGUUUGCAUCAUGUUCAAACGAGAUACGACCGCGACAAUUACCUGAAGGUUGAUGUGAAAAACAUCCCUGAAGACAAAUUGCAUAACUUUGCUAAGACAGAAAAAAGCGAAUUUAGUACUUAUAACAUCCCUUAUGACUUUGGUAGCAGAAUGCACUACGGAGCAUACGAUUUUGCUAAAGACUCGUCCAUGCCAUCGAUGAUUCCUAACGAUAAAAAUUACCUCCACUCAAUGGGUUCACCUUUUAUGUCUUUUUAUGACAUUCUUCUUAUGAACACACACUACGGAUGCCUUGAGAAGUGCAAGUCUGUUAGCUCCGCUGCCAAAUGCAAGAAUGGUGGCUACCCAAAUCCUCGAGAUUGCUCCAAAUGCAUCUGUCCACGUGGAUACGGUGGUGUUUUAUGCAAUGAAAGGCCGCAAGCAAGCUCUUGCGGUAGAACAGAAACGGCUCUGAACAAAAAGAAGGAAUUCAAGCUAGCAGCUUUGGGAUCCGCUUACACAACAGUUCAGGAUGACUUCAUGGAAUGCUUCUACUGGAUCAAGAAUCCGGAAAAGAAGACAGUCAAAUUAACAAUCAAAGGCCUCAAAGUUGGGUACGUUAAUGUUGCUUGCAAUUACGGAGGAAUUGAAAUCAAAUCACAAAAAAAUCAGCUUAUGAGUGGCUACAGAUUCUGUGACUCAAAUGAAAAUAAAGGAAAGGUUAUCUCCUCGACCAGCAGCAUCAUUCCCAUCAUAGCCUACAGCCGUUAUAGAUCAACCGAAUUCGAGGUGGAGUAUUACACAGAGUGCAAGUCUGGUAGUCCGGUCUCCCAUGCAAAAUGCAAAAAUGAUGGCUACCCAAAUCCAGAUUGCUCCAAGUGCAUCUGUCCACAUGGAUACGAUGGUGUUUCAUGCAAUGAGAGACCACAAGCAAGAUCUUGCGGUAGAACAGAAACGGCUCUAAACAAAAAGAAGGAAUUCAAGCUAGCAGCCUUGGGAUCCGCUUACACAACAGUUCAGAAUGACUUCAUGGAAUGCUACUACUGGAUCAUGAAUCCGGAAAAGAAGACAGUCAAAGUAACAAUCAAAGGCCUCGCAGUUGGGCGUGUUGAUGAUGCUUGCACUUACGGAGGAAUUGAAAUCAAAUCACUAGAAAAUCAGCUCUGGAAUGGCUACAAAAUCUGUGACCCCAAACGUAUAGGAUUAGUUAUCUCCUCGUCCAACAGCAUCAUUCCCAUCAUAGCCUACAGCCGUUAUAGAUCAACCGAAUUCGAGGUGGAGUAUUACACAGAGUGCAAGUCUGGUAGUCCGGUCUCCCAUGCAAAAUGCAAAAAUGAUGGCUACCCAAAUCCAGAUUGCUCCAAGUGCAUCUGUCCACAUGGAUACGAUGGUGUUUCAUGCAAUGAGAGACCACAAGCAAGAUCUUGCGGUAGAACAGAAACGGCUCUGAACAAAAAGAAGACAUUCAAGCUAGCAGCCUUGGGAUCCGCUUACACAACAGUUCAGAAUAAAUUCAUGGAAUGCUACUACUGGAUCAUGAAUCCGGAAAAGAAGACAGUCAAAGUAACAAUCAAAGGCCUCACAGUUGGGCGUGUUGAUGAUGCUUGCACUUACGGAGGAAUUGAAAUCAAAUCACUAGAAAAUCAGCUCUGGAAUGGCUACAAAAUCUGUGACCCCAAACGUAUAGGAUUAGUUAUCUCUUCGUCCAACAGCAUCAUUCCCAUCAUAGCCUACAGCCGUUAUAAAUCAACCGAAUUCGAGGUGGAGUAUUACACAGGCAAGUGGUGGCUAUUCCCCCCUGCAGAUCUCUUUCAGAUAGACGAAUUUACAGUGUGA